UUUAUUAUUCCAAUUUUUGAUUCUAAGAUCCCAUAUUCUUCCAUAUGAGAACCUCUCUCUCUCUCUCUCUGCUUCCACAAAACGCCAUUUCCUUAUAUAUCCCUUCUCCCUCUUCUCAUUCUCCUUCUUCUCAACGCUUCAAUGUAUUUCUCUGACAAAAUGCACCGCUUCAACAUGGCCUUCUCUGACUACAUCCAAGCAUUGGAGGAAGAACGCCGUAAGGUUCAGGUCUUCUCCAAAGAGCUUCCUCUCUCCUUGGAACUGGUCACUCAAGCCAUUGAAACUUGCAAACAGCAGUUGUCUGGCACCACGAGUGAGUAUAAUUUGAAUGGCCAAUCGGAGUGUUCGGAGCAGACAACAUCAACGGGACCUGUUUUGGAGGAGUUUAUUCCAAUCAACAAGGAAAGGGCAUCAUCCCCUUGUUUUGAUGAAGAUGAUGAACAGCAUUCUAAUAAGACAAGGGGUUCAAAGGAGAAUAAGAACAGUGAUAAGAGGAAAUCAGACUGGCUUAGAUCUGUUCAGCUGUGGAAUCCAGAUCCCCCAGCUGAGGAGGAUGUGACUAGGAAGGUACCUGGGAUUGAGUUGAAGAAAAGUGGAAGUGUUGGCGGUGCUUUUCAGCCAUUCCACAAGGAAGAAAGAGCUGCCAAGACAAGUGAAUCAUUGAGUAAAGCAACCUCUCCGCCGGCGGCUGCUGAGAGCAGUAAAAGAGAGGAGAAAGAGGGACAGAGAAAGCAGCGCAGGUGCUGGUCUCAGGACUUGCACAAGCGUUUUGUGCAUGCCCUUCAGCAACUUGGGGGUGCAGAUUCUGCCACACCAAAGCAAAUCAGAGAGCGAAUGAAUGUUGAUGGCCUCACAAAUGAUGAAGUCAAAAGCCAUUUACAGAAAUACCGUUUGCACACUAGAAGGCCAAGUCCUAUAGUUCACAACAGUUCCAAUCCACAAACAGCACCUUUUGUCCUUGUGGGGAACAUUUUUGUUCAAUCACCAGAAUAUGCAGCGGUAGCUAACUCAACAGCAUCAAGGGAAGUGACCACAGUUGCAGCACCUGCUGGAAUUUAUGCACCAGUGGCCACACAUCCUACACCUGUUUCUCACCCACCUGCUGAUUCAAUCAAGAAGCCACAGUUUAAGAAAGUGAAGCUGUUUGAACAUUCAAAUUCUGAAGAAGGGGCUAAUCAUAGUGAAGGAGCUGUUCAUUCGAAUUCUCCUACCUCAUCCUCCUCCACACAUACCUCUACUUCCCCUGGCUACUGAAUUUCAAGAUGUUACACAAGUUUUGUAACCAAAUUGGUGUAGAAAGUACUUUGAUAUUUUCUUCUGACUUUUUUUGUACUAAAAUGUUCUUUGCUCCUGUUAUUUGGGAUCUAAAUUAUAGAGGUAAAACACACAGAAAGUGACAGUUUUGAUGUUGAAUAAGUCCCCAUUAGCUGGCAACCAAUGUUAUCUCCUUGGCGCAGAAGGUGAACUGAAAUUUCAAAUUUUAAAUUUGGAAGCAUGUUUUGUGUUUCAAUUGGUACAGCUUCUCAAUAUUGUGACCAAUUAAAAGUUACUAUUCCGACUUAGUCAGACUCCUUACAUACUGAGCAAAUUCUUAAUCACACCACUGUGUUUGUUGCAAUUUGGUGAUGAGUUAUUGAGUGGUCCACCUAGGCACCUUCAUUGUCUUGGUUGUUUGGGUUGGAGUUAGAAUUAAUGGAUUAUAGUUGUAGCAUGAUGACAGUGAAGGAGGAUCUAAGAAUAUCCGAUGGAAUAUACAAUGAACACAACCUACAUGGGACAAAACAAGAUGCAGACACGUGUCAGUUCUAAAAAUUCCAAUUUCUGCUACUAAGAAUUACAUAAUUCCAAUGGCUAACGUGGACUGGAUUAUUAAAGAUUACAGGAAGGGUUGGGUUUUACUGGAGGGUCUCAUUAAAUUCUUUUUGUUUCUCCAUUUGGAUGAGUGACCCCAAAUAAUCUUGCAAGUUGCAGAUGAAAUUGCCAAAUAAAUAAAGGCAUUGAAAAUUUGCACACAUAUUUAAGUCAUUUGCACUGCAGGAUUCUGCAUUGGAAUCUUCUAAAUUUGAUUCCUCAGUAAACUACUAUUUUUGUCUCUACCUGGGAAAAUAUGGCUAAAGUCGUAUGUUUAUUUUAAGGACCGAUUUCAAUAUACUUUUUUUUAUUUU